UCCUUUCUUAGCAGGUUCUUCUUUAUUGAGAGUGUCUAUUGGUUAUGCAUCUCUCCUUAGGGGACAUCUACCUUACUUUAAAUUAUUACAUAUAAUUAUACAGAUGAAGAAGGAGAACCCCGAUCGGUCAUUUGGAGAGAUGAAUCGAGAAAUUGGAAGUCUGUGGAACACAAUUGGCCCCGAGAAAAAACAGGUCUAGUUUCUCCAGAAAUGAAAGGUCUUACUCUCACCACAUUUAUUUGAUAGGGGCGGUGGUAGAAGCAUUAGUCCCUUGUUAGAAGCCGUGAAGUUUGAACCUAAGCACACAUCAGCUACUGCAAAUAGGUUUUUCUUAGAAGAAGGAAGAAAUUUUGGCAGCAGCGUUCUUACUCUAUCAAUCCAGCCAUACCUGGAUCAGGCAGAGGUAAACAGACAGAAGUACAUGAAGGAGGUCGAGAAAUACCAGAAGAGCGAUCACUACAAGAAGUACUUGCAGACAGUUGCUGCUCUGCAACAAAGGCAACAGCGGAAGAAGGUCGAAAAGGAGCAGAAGAAGAAAAAGAAAUUGUCCUCUUCCAAACAGCCGCCGCAGGGAGAAGAGACGGCUCCCGCCGAGCCAGCCACAGAGUCCCCCUCCCUCCCUCCUCCCUCUCGGCCUCCUCCUCUCUCGCUCAAACAGAGCUUCGUAGCUGGAACUGAGAUUCCCGUCUUCACCAACCUGUUUCUCCUCCACAACAGAGAGCUGGAGGUACAGGUGAGGAAGCUGCGUCAGACCACAACAGACUUGGAGGAAGAAUGCGCUCUAAUCAGUCGCCACGUCGACAACAUGAAGAGACAGACCGUCAGACUGGAGUCCGACGUUCAGAACCAAAUCCUCAAGAACCAGAUUCUUAAAAAGAGACUCGUCUUCUUGCAAGAGACGAUCAGUGACACGUUUGGGAGUUUGAGUAUUCCCGGGAUCCAUUCCGUUCCGUCUGUGGACACGAUUCAGGAAUACCUGAAGGAGGUGGAGUCUGUGGUUGCCAAGCAACCGGCGGGCGAGGAUAAACAAUUCGACGAGGUUUUUUUCACGGUGAGGAGAGUUGCCAAGGAGACGAUGGAGAGGGUGAGGGAGAGAGAAGAGGGAGAACAAGAAAAUAAUACUAUGGACACUACCAACUGACGUUUGUUCAACCAUUUUUCCUUCCAACUUUUUUUUAAAUCUACUUGUUCUACGGCCCUGAUAUGCAUGUGAUGAUAAUUUUAAUUUGUGACACAUACACCAUUAUAAUUAGCAACACUGUCCCCACACCCACAAUAUACAGCAAAGUUUAAAAAUAUAGGAGCUUGCACGUGGUGUAUAUAACUAUUCAUUCACAGAUCAUUUCAGAUUUCCAUAACCAUGAUACACAUAAGGUGAUGACUAAUAAUGGUCUAAGAUGGCUCCCUACAUGGACUAGUAUAUAUGUAUAAUAUGGUUACGUAUAAUUAUACACAGAGUGUUUUCCACAUUUCUUCAGGCCAGCGGGUUACGAAAUUUUUCGCCGGCAAACUUGGCCUUGUCCCCGAGCUCUUCCUCGAUCCGGAGUAGCUGGUUGUACUUGGCCAGUCGCUCGGAGCGACACGGUGCGCCCGUUUUGAUCUGCCCCGUACACAGCCCCACGACGAGGUCGGCGAUAAACGUGUCUUCGGUCUCCCCCGAGCGAUGACUCACCAUUACCCCCCAGCCGCUCGCCUGCGACAGCUUGCACGCCUCGAUCGACUCGGUGACCGAACCGAUCUGGUUCACCUUCAGCAGGAGAGCGUUGCACGCUUUUUUCUCGAUCGCCGUCCGGAUUCUCUUCGGGUUCGUCACCAAGAGGUCGUCGCCGACAAUCUGAAUCGUCAUCUUGGACGUCACUUCAACCCAGGCGUCCCAGUCGUCCUGAUCGAAGCAGUCUUCGAUGGAAACUAUUGGAAAAUCGGCGACAAAGGAUUGGUACAGCUCCGUAAGCUGGGACCCAGUCAACCAAUCGUCGCUGUUUGAAUUUGGGUUCUUGAAGUCGAGGUCGUAUUUUCCCCCCUUGUGGAAUUCAGAAGCAGCUGUGUCCAUUCCGAUUUGGACCCGUCCGGUGUACCCGGCCUUUUCUAUGGCUUCUCGUAGAAGCUCCAGUCCCUCGCGGUUGUCCUGGAUAUUGGGGGCAAACCCGCCCUCGUCACCCACGUUCGUCGCGUCUUGUCCGUAUUUCUGUUUUAUGACCGACUUGAGCGUAUGGUAAACCUCCGCGCCCAUCUGCAGCGCCUCGCGAAAGCUCCCCGCACCAGUCGGAAGAAUCAUGAACUCUUGCAUGGCGAGUUUGUUCCCCGCGUGCGAGCCCCCGUUUAUUACGUUGAACGCCGGGCACGGAAGGAUUACGUCCGCGUGCCCCGCUAGAUCCGCGAUGUGACGGUAGAGCGGGACCCCUUUGUGCGCGGCGCCUGCCUUGCACACGGCGAGAGAGACGCCGAGAAUGGCGUUGGCUCCCAGCUUGCUCUUGUUUUCCGUCCCGUCCAUUUCCAGCAUUAUCGUGUCCACUUCCCCCUGCUUGGUAACGUCGAUGUUUUUGGCGAUCAACGCCGGGCCGAUGAUCGUGUUGACGUUUUCGACGGCUUUCAAGACCCCCUUUCCCUGGUAGCGCUGCGGGUCCUUGUCGCGGAGUUCCAGGGCCUCGUAGAUUCCUGUAGAAGCGCCCGAUGGAACGGCAGCUCGGAACGUUCCUUUGCUGGUUGUCAAGUCGACCUCGACCGUCGGGUUGCCGCGGCUGUCGAGGAUCUCGCGGGCGUGAAUGCGGGUCACUCCAGACAUUAUCCUUUCCACACAGAGAUCUCGAUCGGCUAGAAAAAAAGAGGAGGAGACGUGAAAAGCGGCAGCUGGCGAGUGAGCGUGGGGGAAGUUGGGUCGGGUCGGAGGUCAACGAUUCGCGAUC